ACACACUCGCCCAUUCGCGGUACGUAAUUCCUCUCGAGCACGUCAUCCACUAGACUGCAAAUUUCCAGCGUCAGAGAUGUGAUGGUGCAAUAGAUGCCAUCCGAUGGGAUGCGCUUUUCGUCCAAUUUCUUCUCUUCGUUCGUGUAUGCGGCUUGUAUAGUCCCGACGAGCCAUCACUUUUUAGUGUCUUUUGAUCGCAAUUUUGGGUCUCCGCGGUGGAUCACGUGCGGUCUGCCUGUGUCAGUCAGUUGUCUUAUAGGGCUGAGAGUUAAUCACUGUCUAGAUCCCGUGUCAAAGGCGUCAGCAUGGCUGCUCAAGACAUUGAAAAGCAGCGUCCUGCAGCUCCCCAGGAGCCUGUAGGCCCCAAUUCCAAAGAUCCCAACACCUCUGCAGACUAUUUGGACUCAGACGCUCAGUAUGUUAAUGCGGACAAACUUGCCCGUCGGCUCUCUGCCCGUCAGGUGCAGAUGAUCGCCAUUGGGGGCACCAUUGGCACAGGACUGUUCCUGGGAACAGGCAAGGCCUUAGCCACGGGUGGACCCGCAUCCAUGCUUAUUUCCUACGCCAUUUGUGGUGCAAUUGUCUUCGUGACCAUGUUGUCUCUUGGUGAAAUGGCUGCGUUCAUCCCUGUUGCGGGCUCGUUCUGUACCUUUGCCGGUCGGUUUGUUGAUGAUGCACUGGGCUUUGCUCUUACUUGGAACUACUGGUUCAAUGAUGCGGUGUCGACUGCAUCAGAUAUCAUUGCGCUGCAACUUCUUCUCGAGUACUGGACGGACAAUUUCCCGGGAUGGGCAAUAAGUUUGAUCUUCCUGGUUGUUGUCAUUGCGUUGAAUAUGUUGUCCGUGAAGGUUUAUGGAGAGGUUGAAUAUUGGCUCAGUCUCCUCAAGGUGGUGACCAUCAUCAUCUUUAUCAUCCUCGGAAUUGUUGUGAACUGCGGUGGAAACAAACAACAUCAAUACAUCGGCGACAAGUAUUUCCACACCGGAGAUGCCCCCUUCGUUGGUGGCAUUGGCGGGUUUGCCUCGGUCUUCGUCACCGCAUCCUUUGCCUAUGGCGGCACCGAAUCCAUCGCCAUCACGGCUGGGGAGACGAAAGAUCCCUCAAAGAACCUCCCACGUGUCGUUCGCAACGUCUUCUGGCGCAUCAUCCUCUUUUACAUCGUCUCUAUCAUCCUCAUCGGUCUUGAUGUGCCAUACAACUACCCUGACCUGUCCUCGGAAACCACCACCACCAGCCCCUUCACUAUUGUCUUUGUCGAAGCCGGCAGUUCCGUGGCCGGCAGUUUCAUCAACGCCGUGAUCAUGACCAGCGUCAUCUCCGCUGCCAACCACGCCCUCUUUGCCGGAUCCCGCCUCCUCUACACCCUCGCCGUCGACGGCUACGCUCCCCGCUUCUUUGGCCAUCUGAACCGCUUCCAAGUGCCCUGGGUGGCCGUGCUCGCCACGUCGGUGAUCAGCGGUCUCUGCUUCGGAGCUAGCUACAUCGGUGCCGGCCAACUCUGGUCCUGGCUGCAAAAUAUCGUCGGCGUCUCCAACCAACUCUCCUGGACCUUCAUCGGUCUGGCCUCACUGCGCUUCCGCGCCGCCAUCCACCACCAAAACCUUGAACAUCUCCUCCCAUACAAGAACUGGACAUACCCAUUCGGCCCCAUCAUUGCCAUCAUUCUCAACAUCGUCCUCAUUCUCGUGCAGGGCUGGUCAUGCUUCAGCCCCACGUUCCAAGCCGUCGACUUCGUGUCCUAUUAUAUUGAGUUGCCGAUUAUGUUGGUGAUGUUUGUGGGGUGGAAGUUGUGCAAGCGCUCCAAGUUUGUGAAGCUCAGUGCUAUGGACUUACUUACCGACAGGUAUAAUUUGGUGCACAUGCAGGGUACGGGGGUUGAUGGUGAUCAUGAUGAUGACGAUGAAGGGAGAGAUGGGAAUGGAUUGGUGUCAUCCUGGAGGAAUGAGAAGGGGUUGUUUGGCAAAGUGAAGCGGGUUGGGAUGUGGUUAUUCCUUUAAUUGUGGAAAGAAAGUAAUAAUAAUACUAUAAUGGUCAUGAUGGUUCCACCUGCC